AGAAGUUGGUGGGAGGGUUGCAGGAAGGUUGAGUGAGACACAGAUGGAGAGAGAGAGAGAAACUGAAAAGCAUUUAGUGAGUUCAGAGAAGGACUGAAUGUGUUGGUGAGUGAAGAGAAAAAGAAGAGGACGGAGACAAAGACAGAGAGGGUGGACCUUUUCCUUCAUUUUUUCCCCCUGCACACAUCCAUUGAAGCAUCUCCCCUCCUCCCCUCUCCACAGGUGGAGGGACUGUGACGCUGACUGCCUGACUAUCUCGUCUCAUUAUCAUUCCCCAACCCCCUCCAUCCGUCUCACACUACAGCUGGAUAAGCCAACCACUACCCAGCUCAACAUUCUUUUACAGAGCCAGGAUUUGAAGAUUGCAUCCUCACAGUUGUAAUCAGAUGUAGGAGAGGAUUAUCUCAAGGUCUCCUCCAUCUUGUGCACAGCUGAAGGCUGCAGAGACAAAGGAGGCAGAGGAGAGGGGGCUGUGGAGGAGAGCGGAGAGGGAUCACAAGCAUCUCAGUGAAGGGGAGUGAAAGAUAGAGAGAGGUCACCUGUGGAUGUGAGGAGAAAGUGGAGGAUGAAAGCUUUCUAAGAAACUGCACCCAUCAUCUGACUCAUCUGUGACGAAAAGGAAACGGGGGGUAACAAAACCUCAGCAUCAAGUGGUUCACUGUGAAAGGUAAGCUGGAGGAUAAUAAUGUUGAAAGUUCUCUUCUCUGAAUACACUGACUUGGUAUGUUCAAUUCUUCAUACCUGCAGCAUGUGAUUAUUGCAUAUAAGUAUUCUUUUAUCCCUAAAUUAAGUUAAGCUCUUCAGAUGCAGAUAUGUGAGACAUUAAACAUGGAUGUACUCCAAGCAAGAACCCACUUGCACAAUAAUAGUUCAGUAUACUUGUAUUUGAAUUUCAAAUUUUAUUUUCCAAGGAUGUGACAAAGAGAAUAAUAUGAGUUUUAUGCCAUCUUGCACACAGUUUUAGUCUGGUUUAUUUUGCUUUGCAUAAUGUUGUUGCUUUCGUUGGUGAUCUUGCUUUGCACACUAUUCCUUUAAAGGACACCCAGCAUACUGUACGUAUCCAAAAAGAAAAAGAGAAAAAUAAACCAACAAAGCUGAGAUUGAUCUUUUUUCAUUCAUGUCUUUCUGCAAUUAGGUCAAAUAUGAUGAUGAUGAUGACUUUUUUGCUUUGUGCAGGUAAGGACACUGUAACAUCUCUGUGAAGCAACUUCAGGCAGGGAGUGCAAAGGGUCUGCCAAAGACAUGCAUGUUACUGAGUGUGGUUUGCUGGUGGUCAGAAGUGAUUACUUUGGGGUGGCUCUGAAUGGUUUAAGGUUACUCUGUGGUUUCAAAGUUGUAAUAUGGCUGUCUUUUGAGGAGCUUUCAGUGAUUCAGCGGGCUUAAAUAAGAUUAGUUAUGAAGAGGAAUACAACAUGUAGUUUAAAAGCAUGUUGAGUCAUCAAAAUGAUGGGAAAAGCUUGAUUAGAUAAAAGUCCAUUUACCAUUUUACCAACAACCAAUGUUCUAACAGAGGUUUUGAAAAUUUUUAGGUUUUGCGCAUUAUUUAAACCUUACAUUGAACUGAAAUUAGAGCAAAAGCAACGUAACAAAUCUUGAUGGUUCUGUUGUUUCAUGAAAAAUAUAUGCAUUUUAUUCUCAUCAUUUCAAUUUGCCUUGAUGCCAAUUACACACUGCUGCACAAUGUUAACUGUUGUGUGGCAUCAGCUGUUCUUCAAACUGCGCUGUGUAAAUUUGUGAAAGUAAAGACCAGUGUCUCGGGUUUCCAAAGUGUAAUGUUGUCAUAUUCUUGCCUGUUUUAGGAUUUGAGCUGCUCAUUAUAGGGUAUGUCAUUACAUGAUGACAAAUGCUCCAGGCAAGUCAGGACUGCAGGUAGAUCUGUUUCUCAGCAGGACUCUUCUACUACAGAGCCAUGCUGUUGUAUUCCCUGUUGUCAGACUGUGGUUUGUCAUUGUCUUCCUGAAAUAUGAAGGUCUUCCCUGAAAACGUCUUUGUCUGGAUGGCAGCAGAUGUUGCUCCUAAACCUGUAGAUACAGUAUGUUAAGCAUUAAUGGAGCCUUCACAGAUGAGGAAGCUAACCAUGUCAUGAGCACAUAUGGUCCUCGUUCUCUCUGGAUUGCUGAUGGUUAACUUGUGUGCUGACAAUAAUGAGGCCACAUGGUCCCUUCUCUAUUACAAAGGAUGCAGCGUCCAUGAUUUCCAAGAGAAAUGUCAGUUUCCCCCCCCCCCUUAGUUCAUCUAAAUGUGUUUGGUCACCAGCUUUUGUGGCUCACAUUUAUAAACAGUAUGUUGUUUCCUCUAUGCACUGUAAAGUUUAAACCUGCAUUUGUGGAGGCGAUGAUGAACAGUACCAACAAUAAUGACACAUUUUAUUCAUAAGCACCUUUCCAAACACUCAAGGUCACUUUACAGCUGAUAAAAACAGCAAUAUAAAACAGUGAGAUAAAAGCACAGUGGACUCUUCUACUAUAGAGGCGACUACAGUGGAUUAUGGCGGUGAUUUGGAGCCCAUGCAGUGAUUUUCAUCACAGAGUCAUCUCUGUUUUUAAUGCAGUGCAACCUUAAGGUCAAAAGAUGGCCAUGGCCAUCGAGAAUGAAUUUUUGGCUUCUAACUUUUCUCCAGAUCUUCUAAAUCUUUUAAUGAUGUUUUGUAUUGGUGGAGGAAUCCACCAAUAAUCUACAACUUCCCGUUGAAAAUGAUUUUCAAGAAGAUGCUGAAACUCUAACAAAUUGACUAAUCUCCUCCCAGCUUCACUUCUGAGAGACUCUGCCUCAUUUUUCAUGAAAAAAAAAUUAGAUGCAGUAUUCGAAUCUUGCUCUAUUCUUAUUUGCAGACCAUCACAUUUGCUUAAUUAACAUUUGAACAGCGUGACAAACGUUUAUGAAUAUGUGCACUUAUAUUCUUUUGUGUUGUCGGGUGUGAACUUUUGCUGUCAGGUGUCCUUGGACAGCCUAAUUUAAAAACCACCGUCAUCCAGUCAAAUGUGAAAACUUGUGAUGACACAGCAGCUGUCACACACUCAAUUCUGCCAUGAUACGCUGGCACUAUGCACUAUUAUUGGUGAGGUCAGAGGUAAAACCUGACCAUUGUUUUUUCCAGACAAAUGAAUUUCUCUUUGGGGAUAAAUAAAGUAUUUGUAUUGUAUUAUAUUGUAUGUGCUACUGUGAGCUACAAUCAUCACAGCAUGAACAACAUUUAUAAGGCCAGGUUAUCUGUUGAACUCGAACCUUAUUACCUUCCUCUUGUGUAUUACCAUUGAAUUAACAGAUUGAAUAAAGUUUUACAGAGAGUUAGUUUUCGACCAUAAAUGAUCAAAGGCUGAGCUCAUGUGUUUUUCAGAGUUUUUAUUUUUUAAGUUUUACUGUGUUCUUAAGAGUUUUUCUGUAUUUUCUAUGUUCUUAGGAGUUUUUCUGUAUUUUUUGUGGUAUCUGAGCUGACCAGGUGUUGGACAUCCACAUUCUUGUUCUUUUUUAUUUUUACUUUCAUCUUCAGGUCUUCCAUGGCAGAGGCCGGGCGUCCUGUCUUGGAGCUGCACCCUUUGGGGGGAGAUGUUUCGUUGGACUCUACACUCUCUGCUCAUUCACUCCUUGACCCUGCUGUGAAGACAACAACAUCCUCUAGACCAACUGGAAGGCCAGCCUAUACCUGCCAGGAGGAGCCAAAGCAGGUUGUCAAAGAGGUCUGCGAAGACAACUCAGUGACUCUGACCAAGGAGACCAAACAUGACAGCCUGAGGGUCAGCAGUGACCCCAAUGGGAAGGACCAAUACCUGUCUGAGCACUGUGUGCCCUCUGGGUCUUCAAGCCACCAUCAUAGCCCUGCUAAGAUGCAGACAGCAUCAUAUCAGUACAACAUUGUUAUGAAUCCAAUCACUGAAAACUCUCAAGUUGGCGGGACUAUCCAGGGCAUGACCCCAGCCUCCCUGCCUGUGCUCAGUCACUCAGUCACUUUACCCAUGACAGGACAGGGAGCGCCCCUCCAAACAGAAGACAAUGAGGCUUGUGGACACGUUCACUCCACCCAAGAGGCUAAUAUUCACUCCAUGUCAUCAUACAAGCAGCCCAUGGAGUUGCAGCAGUGCAACAUUAUCAGCACAUUUCCCCGCAGGGCAAACGAUGGAGAGGGACGUGUGCAGCAGCCUCAGAGCAAAUGUGUUUGCAUGUCAUCCUGCCAGGCAGAAGUCAGAGCGGAGGCUGUGAAAGAGAAGGAACACCCUCCAGCCAAGUGUGACAAAGCCCACUGUUGUGGCUCUCAUUUCAAUAAUGCCAACUUUGAGGACACAUUUGCUGCUUACUGCCAUCCACAGCCCAUCCCUGCUCCCUCCCAGCUGCUGCAACACCUAAGAGAACCAGAGCCGAGCUGUGAGAUCCAGCGUGCAGCGGAGCCUCCUUCAGCCAUAAACCACCUCACCCUGCCUCGUCUCAUCUCCUCUGUGAGUGAGACGGGCCUGGAUGCUAAACACCUGCUGCGGUGCUGCCACCUCAACUGCUCCUGGGUGAGCACUCUACCUCCGGGGACUGGGCCGCAGUCCCAAAAACACUUGGGCUUGGAUGAGUGCUGCAGCAGUUUGGUUGGCCUUUUCAGAGCCACCACUCGAGAUAUGGGAACUAUGACAGCCAACAAAGAGCUUCGGGAUGUUGGGGUUCAAACAGGACAAACUGUCACACCUCAUGUGUUUCCUGAGAUCUGCCUGUCAGAGGACAGUAGGAGCGAGAUUUCCCACAGCCAGUCUACAAACACAGACAGCAACGGAGACAAGAAACCAGGUGGUGCUUUAAAGUCUCCAGUGAAGGAAGUGAAGUGGGAUGCAGAGGGAAUGACAUGGGAGGUGUAUGGGGCCUCUGUGGACCCGGAGGAGCUGGGCCUGGCUAUCCAGAAACACCUGGAGCUACAAAUCAAGGAGACAGCUAAACAUGCAGCUAAGCUAUCACGCCAGAACACCAACACGUCUAGGCAGAGCCGAAACAACGGCUGUCAAAGGAAGAAGAACAGGAUGAUGGAGUCCCUGCGAACCCCGGCCUGUUGUGCCCGUACCACUACAGCUGUGGACUAGCUGACUGAUCAGCAGGACAGAACCCAAGCACUGUGUUUACCAGCCAACAUGGCUGCUCAAAGCCUCAAAUGUCUCUCACGUUAUCAUUGAGGUCUAUGACUGACAGAAUAAAGUGAACAGAACCAGUGUGAAAUCUCUGCAUGGGGUGAUAGAGAGAAAAUAAAGAGACGUAAUGAUUGACCAACAUCCCAUCAUAUUUGAUCAUACUUCAUCAAAUGCUGUCUAUGCUUCAAUAUCUGAACCAUUGGACAUGUAAUACCUGCAGCUGGGCAUUGCCAGUGUAUUAAAGAGGCCUCUUCAUUCAGACAUGUUCCUACAGUCAAUCACGGACUCAGUGUGGUCACAGUUAAACACCACGUGUAUAGUAUAAAGCAAUUUGAUACCAUGCUCUGUUAUGCUGCUGCUGCUGUGAAGCUUUGGGUGAAUGUGUGGGAAUAAGAAUAAACUGUAAUUUAAUAAAAGACGACCUCUACAUGACCCUUAAACUUAACCCUUCAUUUGACCAGCAGAUGGUCCUAUUCCUGACCCUGUCAUUCAACAUCCCUACUGUUCCUCUUCUCUCCCCUCUACCUGGGAGAGAGAGCAGAGAAAGGUCUUUGUACCCCUCCCCCGGCUGACUGUGGAUCCUCUUGGCGUUUGGGCUCUUGAGUGACAUGCUCUGGCAAAUGUCAGUGGGUGUCUUGCAGCGAGGGCUGUUGAGAACCAGGUUACUUCUCCCUUUGGCUGCUUCCAUGUGAUCUGUAUAAAGAUGCCCUGUGCUCACAGUUUAGUUAUUUCAGCUUUGACCAUGAUUGUCACUGACCUUUUCAGUCCAACCAACAAAAUUAAAGCUCUAGCCAGAGGUCAGGUGAGCAGGGAAGGUAUGGCAGAAACUAAAAGUGGGUUUGAGAGUUCCUGAUCUCUCUAAUACAACAGCGUAGAUCGUUUCUGGAAAAACAGUGGGCGGCUGCAGCUGAUGUUUUGUCUGUAAAUAUGGAGUUUUGUUCUGACACAGCUUCAGGCCUAGGGUUAGGUAAUGUGAUCUAUGACACUUGGAUCCUUUUGAGAAGGUGACAAACUUAUUUGGUGGUUGUUGUGGAAACUGAAUUAGGAACGGUUCAACCAACGAUGCCACCUUAGGGUUUAACAGGACAGUUUAAAGUCAAGUUUAAGGCCGCAGGUUUAAAACAGGAGGCAGAGUCAUGUUCCCAAAACACGAAUAUUCUAUUUACCAAUUUGUGUUUUUAAAUAAACCACAGUUAAUACUGGCCUGGUGGUGAAGUGCUUAUACCAUACAGGCUGAGUCUUCACUGCAGCAGUCAGGGACCCUGGACCUCUGUUGCAAAUCUUUGACUUUCCUCUUGCCUCAUCUUUCUGUCACUGCCGAACUUAGAUUAGAGAUACUGUUAAAAACUUGACCAGUAUAUUCAAAGUAGAUUCACUGUUGUCAGAUUGCGCACAAUAGGGACAGUGUUGGGUUAUUCUUGGGAGUACAAUACAAAGAACAUACAGUACGAAUCAAACAGUUCAUCUGCAAUUUUAUACGCGACUGUCAAUCUUGAGUUGGAUUCUGUUGAGAGUCCAAGACAGUGAAACUGAAAUUAACUGUGAAGAAUUAAAGAGUAUAUAAUAUUUUUCAUACAUUUCUUUAUAAACCGAAAAUUAGCUCAAAAGUGUCUAGCUAUUUUGCACAUCAGUAAACAUAAAUGAUAAAUUCAUAAAUUGUGCUGUACGUUCCGUGUGUUUCUGUACAUUCAAGAGUUUCACACAUUUUAAACUCUGAAUUCUGGGGACUAUGGAGUGAGCUAAUGUCUUAUGGUUUCAUAAAGUUCACUACUUACUAAAACUUCAGCUUUAAAGAGAGGGAGUUUUUCCAGCUUGUGAGGGGGAUUUUUGAUUAUCUACAGUAUUUAGAAAUAGAAAAGAAUUGCAGUUAAAGGCAGUGAAUGAACAUCCAUACAGGAUACUUAUACAGUGGCAGUAAAGAGUGACAAUCCUUUUCUAGUUUUUUGGUUGGUUUGAAUUGGUUUCACUGUUUUUCCAAGGAAAUAGGCAGAUCGUGGCAGAAACAGAUUUUUGAACUGUAUCAGAUUGCUUUUUACUCUGUCCGCAGUGGGAAGUACACCAUAUAGAUCCUUUUUUCUUUCACUAUAUAAUUGGUAACUGGGUCUUUUUAUUUAUCUACGCUGAACACAGUCUGGUGGAAGUUUAAACAGCACAGUCUUUGCUGUGGAUGGGAAAAAAUGGGUAACGUGCAAGUGGCAAUAUGCAUAUCACAUCAGUCAUUUCCAACCACGUCUUACUGAAUCACAGUCGUUGAAGAUUGAUUCAGGUUUUGCACACCAGUGCACAUUAACACUGUGAUGGCAGGUGUGGACACACAUGCACCCAAAGUGGAAAACAGCGUCAGUAUAAUUUGAGAUAGACAGAGUAUAAAACUUCUGUCAUGAGAAACUCUGAUUUUAAAGGCAGAAAUCUGUCACACAACACGUGCCUGGUAACUGAGAUAAUUAAAGUCUACAUGAAGCUCUGUCAGGCCAAUACAGCAAGCAAAGCCAUAAAAAAGUAUGACAAUCAGUAAUGCAUCAAAGACUGUAUGUUUACAACCAAAGGCUCUUCAGAAGUUGGUAAAUGCAGGUGAUGUGAAUGCAGCAUAUACAGCUCUGUGGAAAAGUAUUUACCCCCUUACAGAUUUCACCUGUUUUGACUUUUUUGUCACACUUACAUGUUUCAGAUCUAUUAAACAAAUGUCAGCAUCAGUCAGAGGUAAUCUGAGUAAUUACAAAAUGCACUCAUAAAGGAUGAUUUCAUUUAUUGGGGGGAAAAGCCAUCAAAACCAACCAGGUCCUGUGUGAAAAAUUUAUUGGCCCCUAAACCUGCCUGCAAUAACUGGAGAUGAGUCUUCCAUGUGGCUGUGGAGGACUUUUUGUCCACUCUUCUUUGCAGAUUUCCUCUUUGAGGGUUCUUUCAGCAUGAGCGGCCUGUCUCAGGUCAUGCCACAGCAACUAAAUCAGAUUUAAGUCCGGUCUUGAGCCCUAAAGUUCGGCUCCAUAACCUACAUGUACUUGAGCUUAAGGUCAUUAACAGAUAGCUGGACAUCUUCCUUCAGGAUUUUCUAGUAGAGAGCAGAAUUCACGGUUCUAUCAGUUAUGGAAAGUGGUCCAGGUCCUGAAGCAGCAAAGCAACCCCAGACUGUCACACUACCACCACUAUGUUUGACUGUGGGUCUGAUGGUCUUUUUCUGAAUUGCUGUGUUGGUGUGACUCCACAUAAAACAGGAUGCACACAUUCCAGAAAGUUACACUUUUGUCCAGUCAGUCCACAGAAUGUUUUCUCAGAAGUCUUGGGGAUCAUCAGGAUGUUUUUUGGCAGAUGUGGGAAGGGUUUUUUUUGGUCUUAGUGGUUUGGGCCUUGGAGCUCUCCAUUUUUGCCCAGUCUGAUUUUUUUUUUUUUUUUUACAUGGGGCCUGGUCACUUUGGAUCACUUUGGAUAACUUUUUUCCCUUAAUAAAUGAAAUAAUGAUUUAAAAACUAAAUAUUGUAUUUACUCAGGUUACUGAAUCAGAUAAGUACGAACAUUAGAGACACCAUAUGCCUAACGCAUCAUUUAAGGAGUUGGACUCUAGACUUUCAAAAUCCUCUGAUUUACGGAGAAAGCCACAGCUGUUAGUGUUGUAAGGGAAUAAAGCAGAAACAGGAGUUUGAGACUGAAAUUUUAACCAAGUUUUCCAAUGUCCCCUUGAGUCUGAUAAAAAGAUGGAUGGUGGUAUAAUCACUUUGUGUCUACUAUAAAGAUAAGGCUUCAGAAUAGAGGAGCAUUAUGACUUGAAGUAAAUAGAAACAUUACGCCUCAAUAAGAAUGCAGCUGUGACUGGUGUUGUUCUCUCAACAAUCCUCACGUGUGUCCGUUUACAGUAAAAAAAAAAGAAAAAAAGAGUCAGGUUUGGAUGUUCUCACAGGUGUUAGCUGGCUUUAAAAUUACAAGUUACCACUUUAGUACAUGAUGAAAUGUUGUGGUGAGCAGCUGCUGCAAUGUAAUAUUAUGUUUGGUUGUGCUGUCAUGUUGUUUCUGUCAAUGUUGUUUUACACUGUUGUCUAUUUAAAAAAAAAAAAAAAAAAGCCUGCAGCAGUUCUUUUCUAUUUCCUCUGCAGAGGCCCCAUCAAGUUUGUGUAGAGGCCCAAUCAUGUUUUCAGGAUUCUUGCAGGAAUUAAUGUUGAAUGUAAAUUAUCUGUCAAAUUCACCGUCUUGUUUUUGGAUGUCCAGUAUAUUUAUCCAAGUGGAAUGUGCCCAUAUGUUGGAGCCAGCAAUAAAUAUUGUGGUGUUUCACCUCA